CCAGACGCCACAGUGAUGGGUGCUCGGCGCGGCCGCCUCACUGGAGCCACGGCAAUGAAUGGGCACGCUCUGCCAGCCGGCACGCCAGCACAUCCCCGGGGCUGGCAUGAGUUCUGCGAGCUGCACGCCAUCAGCACCGCCAAGGAGCUGGCACGGCACUACCUGCGCUUUGCCACCGAGCACCCCCACCAUGACCUCCUGGCUGCCGAGAACUUCUCGGUGCAGUUCACCGACCUCUUCCAGCAGUACUUCUGCCAUGAGGUGAAGGAGGGCUUUGCCAUGAACCAGCUCCGCAUCCUGCCCGCCGGCCCGGCGCGGGAUUACCCGGGACUGAGCAAGCGCAUCCUGCCAUGGGGGCUGUCACGAGAGCAGCCCCAUGAGGUGCGCAAGGAGGGGGUCCUCAAGUAUGGGCUGCUGGACGAGACCUUCCUGGACAGCGGGACGCGCUGGCAGCGCUGCCGUCUGGUGCUGCGGCGAGCGGGGACGCCCGACGGUGAGGAGUAUGUGCUGGAGCUCUUCGACCCGCCCAAGGGCUCCAAGCCGAAGCUGCACGCCGCCUGCUCCGCCGUCCAGGAGGUGCGGAGGUGCACACGCCUCGAGAUGCCCGAUAACCUCCACACCUUCGUCCUCAAGGUCACCAAUGCCACUGACGUCCUGUUCGAGGCAGGGGACGAGCAGCAGCUCAGCUCCUGGACGGCUGAGAUCCGGGAGUGCGCGCAGGGGGUAAGCGCCCGGCGGGUGUCCCUGAGCCUGGGGACAGCGAUGGGUGCCCUGGCAGGGGCGACGCCAGAGGGCCCGGGGGAGGCGGCGGGGCCGAAGCCGGAGCAGUUCCUCUCCUCCUGCCCCUGGUUCCACGGGCCCAUCUCCCGCGUGAAGGCGGCUCAGCUGGUGCAGCUGCGGGGGCUGGAGGGCCAUGGCGUCUUCCUGGUGCGGCAGAGCGAGACGCGCCGCGGCGAGUACGUGCUCACCUUCAGCUUCCAGGGCAGAGCAAAGGUACGGGCGGGAGAAGGGCUGGGGCGGGGGAAAAAUCUCACAGGAGCCCUUUGGGCAGCCCCCGCGCUGCGGCACCGUCUCUGUCCCAUUGCAUCCCACCCCAGGGCGAUGCUCUCCUUGCCCGGUCCCUGCCCCGAUGCUUGCAGCGGGCUGGCAGCCCCAGCCCCACUCCUGGGGGCAAAACCCCCUGCAGCGAGCAGGGCACCGCGGGCUGGGGAUGCAGCACCUCAUGCUAAGGCCCACCGGGCGCCCCCGCCGGCCGAGCUGGUGCAGAGCCUGCGCCCCAGCGGGGCACCCCCGGCCCCCUGGCCCCGCGAUUCGGACUACGAGGCGGAGGCGCCGGGCCGGGGCCACGUCCGCGCCAUCGACAACCAGUACACGCCACUCUGACGGGUGCCACGCUGGCACCGGGAUGCACUUUCGGGUGGAGAAAUCCUAGAGACCUUCUGGGUAUCCCAUCGAGAGAAUCUCUGUUGAGCUCCAGGCAGCCACAUUCCAAGGGGUCUUUCCCCAAAAGACGAGGUGGUCUCAACCCAAAUCACCCUACGCUCCGAGCAUCUGCAAGAAAGAACGGGCUGGGAAAAGGGAUUGCAAUUCACAGCCGGCGCAGCCCUUGCCAGAGAAAUCAGAGGCUGCCGCUGCUGGGAUGGGUUGUUUUGGCACGCCAGGGCUUAUUGGGCGAGCGCCAACAACUAAACGUGCGCGCCUGUGUGGUAUUUUUAACCUGCAGUUUAAUUGCAAGGGGGUUCUCCAUCGUUUAAAUGGAAAUUGCUGUGCUUGAUGAGCAAAAUAUCUGUGGACUUCAUUACUGCCCCGUCAGCCGCUUCCCCCGCGCAAACAAACUCCGGUGGAUGCGAACUCCCGUUCUCCCCGCUGGCGAGCGGUGGGAAAGUCGCUCGGAUUCUUUAAUAGUUAUUCCCAUCUCAAACCCCGCAGCCAAGGGCUGCCCAGCCACCCAGCCCCACCAUCUCCCCACCUCCGUCCUCUGUUCUGCCGCAGCGUGGGCCCGCUGUGGUCCCGACCCCAACGGCACUGGGACCCCAGGGGUGGGGUUUUGGGGGCUAUUUCCCCAGCUCCUGGAGGGCCGAGUUGGAAAUCCCGUUUCUCCUAGAAAGCAUCCGGCUUGCGACACGGGUUGGAGCCUGACACACAGCCCUACCUCCGCUCCUGCCAGCACGCACUAAUCCAGCCCCUACCGGUACUCCUUAUCACGGCAGCGGGCA